CCUGCAGAUGUGCUCCACAAAUCUUCAGUACCCAGCGCUGAGCAGACACUAUUUAAGAGUCCUUCCUCACAGCUUACUGCCAGCUGCCGGCCGUUAGCCAAAUUCUCUUAUCCUUGCUAGAGGCUCACAACACUCAGAAAGCAACCUGCAGAUGGGCCGCUGCGGUGGCAUGGGAGCCUUGGGUUCGCUCUGGGUUUUCUUCACUCUCAUCACGCCAGGAGUUCUAGGUCAGUGUAAGUCGCUGCCAAAGUAUACUUUUGCUAAGCCUAUUAUUGAGAGUGAUAAGUCUGAGUUUGCGGUUGAAACAACUUGGGAAUACAAAUGCCUCCCUGGGUAUAGUGGGAAGCCAUUCUCAAUCACCUGCUUAGAAACCUCCAAGUGGUCAGAUGCUCAGGAGCCCUGUAAACGUAAACCAUGUACAACUCCCAAAGAACUCCUCCAUGGCUCUGUGCAUGUAAAUACGGGUAUCACAUUUGGGUCAACAAUUACAUAUUCUUGUAAUGAAGGAUAUCGACUCAUUGGUGAUUCAUCUGCUACAUGUAUUGUCUCAGACAAUGGGGUAAUUUGGGAUAAUGACAUGCCUUCUUGUGAAUCUAUUCCUUGUGAGUCACCUCCAGUCAUCGCCAAUGGGGACUUCUACAGCAGCAGUAGAGACAGUUUUUUCUAUGGAAUGGUAGUAACUUACUCUUGCCAUGUUGGAAAGAAUAGGGAAAAACUGUUUGACCUGGUGGGUGAGAAGUCAAUAUAUUGCACCAGCAAAGACAAUCAAGUUGGCAUCUGGAACGGUCCACCCCCUCAAUGUAUUGCUAUGGUCAAGUGCCCAGUGCCUAAAAUUGAAAAUGGAGAUGUGGAGUAUGGAUUUAAACGCUCCUUCUUCUUAAAUGAUACAGUAAUCUUUAAGUGCAAGCCUGGCUUUACUAUGAAAGGCAGCAAUAUAGUAUGGUGCCAGCCAAACAGCAAAUGGAGCCCUCCACUGCCAACAUGCUUCAGGGGAUGUCCACCACCUCAAAAUAUCCUCCAUGGUGAUUAUAACAAAAGAGAUGAGGAAUUCUUUUCUGUUGACCAGGAAGUGUCAUAUAGCUGUGAACCUGGCUAUACUCUCAUUGGAACUAACCUUGUGCAGUGUACAUCCUUGGGAACCUGGAGUCAUGCAGCCCCAACAUGUAAAGUGAAGUCAUGUGAUGCCAUUCCAAACCAACUUCUCAAUGGCCAAGUAUCUCUUCCUCCUAAUCUCCAGCUUGGGGCAGAGGUUUCCUUUGUUUGUGAUCCAGGGUUCCAGUUAAAUGGCAAAUCUUCUAGUCAGUGUGUCCCAGAAGGAGAGACAGUAAUCUGGAAUAAUAAGUUUCCUGUUUGUGAACAGAUUUCUUGUGACCCUCCUCCUGAAGUCGAAAAUGCUCGGAAACCCCAUUUUUCUCUUCCCAUACCCCUUCAAACUGUUGUUCUGUACUCCUGUUUAUAUGGCUUCCGCCUGAUUGGAGAAAAGACUCUUUUCUGUAUAAGUAAAGAUCAAGUGAAGGGCACCUGGGAUAAAGCUCCUCCUGUAUGUGAAAAUUGGAAUAAGCAUUCUGUUUGUUCAGAGCCUAUAGUACCAGGGGGAUUCAAAAGUAGAAGAUCUAAACCACCAUUCAAACAUGGUGACUCUGUGACAUUCACCUGUAGAGCCAACUUCACCAUGAAAGGAAGCAAAACAGUCUGGUGCCAAGCAAAUAAUAUGUGGGGACCAACACCACUACCAAUUUGUGAGAGCGAUUUCCCUCUAGCGUGCCCAUCACUUCCCAUGAUCCAUAAUGGACACCACACAGGACAGCAAGUUGGCCAGUUUGCUGCAGGGUUAUCUGUGACAUAUAGUUGUGAUCCUGGUUAUUUACUUAUUGGACAAAAGACAAUUAAGUGCUUAUCUUCAGGAGUCUGGGAUAGUGUCAUCCCCACAUGCAAAGAGGCCAAGUGUGAACCUCCAGGACAGAUUCCCAAUGGGCAGAUAAAAGGGCCCCUGAGUCUUCAGGUUGGCAAAACUGUGUACUUCUCCUGUAAUAAAGGGUAUCAAUUACAAGGACAACCUUCUAGUCAGUGUGUAAUUGUUGAACAGAAAGCCAUUUGGACCAAAAAGCCAGUAUGUAAAGAAAUUCUCUGCCCUCCACCUCCACCUGCUCUUAAUGGAAGACAUACAGGCAGCUUUUCAGCACAUGUACCAUAUGGAAGCACAGUUAACUACACCUGUGACCCAAGCCCUGAGAAAGGCGUGAGCUUCAUUCUUAUUGGAGAGAAGACUAUCUAUUGUGCCAGCGACAGUAAGGGCAUUGGGAUCUGGAGUGGCCCUGCUCCACAUUGUGUACUUUCAAUUUCUGCGGUUCAGUGUCUAAAGCCCCAGAUAGAUAGAGGCCAAGUGUUAUCAAUUUUGAAAGACAGAUAUUCCUAUAAUGACACUGUGACACUGUCUUGUGAAUCUGGCUUCAACUUGAAGGGCAGCAAGAGAAUCCGAUGCAAUGCCCAGGGCUCAUGGGAGCCAUCGGUUCCAGUGUGUGAAAAAGAAUGUCCAGCUCCUCCUAAAAUUAUCAAUGGGCAAAAAGAAGACAGGCACUUCCUCAACUUUGACCCUGGAACAUCCAUAAGAUAUAGCUGUGACCCUGGCUAUUUACUGGUGGGAGGGGACACUAUAAACUGUACUCCUGAGGGCAAAUGGAUACCCGCUGCCCCCCAGUGCAAAGUUGCGGAGUGUGAACCAGUAGGCCCACAUCUUUUUAAGAAGCCUCAGAAUCACUUUAUUAGGACAGCUGUUAAUUCUUCUUGUGGUGAAGGGUCCCGGUUAAGUGAAAGUGCUUAUCAGCUGUGUCAAGGUACAAUUCCUUGGUUUAUAGAGAUUCGUCUUUGUAAAGAAAUCACCUGUCCACCACCUCCUAUUAUCCACAAUGGGACACAUACAGGAAGUUCCUCAGAAGAUGUCCCAUAUGGAACUGUGAUCACCUACAUGUGUUAUCCCGGGCCAGAAGAAGGAGUGCAAUUCAACCUCAUCGGGGAACGCACCAUCCGCUGUACAAGUGACAGCAGAGGGAGAGGCUCCUGGAGUGGCCCUGCCCCUCUCUGUAAACUUUCCCUCCCUGCUGUUCAGUGCUCAGAUGUCCGUGUGCCAAAUGGAUAUAAGCUUACUAACAAAGAAGCCCCAUAUUUCUACAAUGAUAGUGUGACGUUGAAGUGUAAUGAUGGAUACAUUUUGAAUGGAAGUAGUCAGAUUCGUUGCAAAGCCAAUAACACCUGGGAUCCUCAAAUUCCACGUUGUGAAAAAGAAGGAUGUGAGCCUGUGAGAGAACUCCAUGAGCUUCCAGAUGAUUCACAUGUAAAACUAGUGAAUAGAGCCUGUCAACAUGGGUACCAGUUAACUGGACAUACUUAUGAGAAGUGUCAAAAUGUUGAGAAUGGGACUUGGUUCCAAAAGAUUGCGGUUUGUAAAGUCAUUCUCUGUCCACCUCCACCAAUAGUUGAUAAUGGGAGGCUCACAGGCACGAUGGAAGAGCCCUUCCUGUAUGGAAGUGAAGUCUUUUAUGAAUGCAAUCAAGGGUUUGAUCUUCAGGGGAAGAAAAGUUUGCAAUGCAUAAAUGAUCCUAAAGGACAUGGAUAUUGGAGUGGACCUCCACCAGCGUGCUUACAAUCUUCUCCUCCAACUCAUUGCCCUGAUCCGGAAGUCAAACAUGGAUACAAACUCAACAAAACUUAUUCUGCAUAUUCCCAUAAUGAAAUAGUACAUGUUGCCUGCAAUCCUGGUUUCAUCAUGAAUGGUAGUCACUUGAUAAGGUGUCAUACCAAUAACACAUGGGUACCAGGUAUACCAACUUGUAUCAGAAAAGCUUUCUUAGGGUGCCGUUCUCCAUCCAUGAUCCCCAAUGGGAAUCAUACUGGUGGGAAUAUAGCUCUGUUUUCCCCUGGAAUGUCAGUCAUGUACAGCUGUUACCAAGGUUACCUUCUGGCUGGAGAGGCACUUCUUCUCUGUACUCAUGAAGGUACCUGGAGCCAACCUGCUCCUUAUUGUAAAGAGGUAAACUGUAGCUUCCCUGAUGAUGCAAAUGGAAUACAGAAGGGACUCCAGCUUGGGAAAAUGUAUCGGUAUGGAGCUACUGUGGCUUUGGAAUGUGAGGAUGGGUAUACUUUGGAGGGCAGUCCUCAGAGCCAGUGCCAAGAUGACCACCAAUGGAACCCUCCCCUGGCUAUGUGCAAAUACCGGUACACUAUUCCUCUUAUUUCUGGUGUUUCUGCAGGCUCAGCAGUUAUCAUUUUGGUUGGUGUCACCUUCUGUAUGAUGUUAAAACACAGAGAACGCAAUUAUUAUACAAAGACAAGGCCUAAAGAAGGAGCUUUUCAUUUAGAAACACGAGAAGUAUAUUCUGUUGAUCCUUACAACCCAGCAAGCUGAUAACAUGACAAGUUGGUAUAUAAUGAAACUGAAAUGCAUUACUAAUAUAUAUAUAUAUAUACAAUAUAUAUAUAUGUCAAGAUUUGCUUUAUGACUUUCUCAAGGCCUUUCUUAUACAUUGUUUGAAGUACAUAUUGAUCUAUAUCAUUCUUUAAUAGCCAUGUAGAAUAUUGUUAACUUACCUUCUUCAUAUUGUCAACUGAAGGUCAUAGUUUAAAAUAUUGUCUAUUCAGUAAAUAUGUAAAAAUGUGAUUAAUAAAAUUAUUAAGGAUAAUUUUUAACAAUUAAGAAUGAAAUAAAGUCAGAUAUGGUGGCACAUGCUUAUAAUACUAGCACUUGGGAAAUAGAAGGAAGAUCAGGAAUUUAAUGCUGGCCUCAGCUACAUAGUGAAUUUGAGGGCAGCAUUGACGGGAUGAGGCCCUUUCUCAAAAGGGGCAUGGGAUAAGAAUAAAGCAAGCAUUAUUAAAGAGAAACAGGGACAGAGGCUAGAGAAAAGCAAGUGAUUACAUAGAAAGCAUUCACUAAGAAAAUGGCAUUUGUGCAAAGACUGGAGAAAAGUAGGGAGCCAACCAAGUAGGUACAUAGAAGAUGGGGAUUCAAGGAAUAUACAAACAAUAGCAAAUUCAAAGACUACGAGGUCUUGCUAUGUUGGCAUAAAAAGAUGGUGUGUGUGGCCUAGAGUGGAUUGAUCAAAUAGGAAAAAAACAUGUUCAGAGAGGGAACUUGGGAAGGAGCUGGAGGAUUACACAGGGUGGUCUAGGUCAUUGUAAUAGGUCUUUAUUCUGAGAUGGGAAGUGCCCCCUGAGUUUUAAGCAGAAGAACUAUGUAUCAACCUUAACUGGUGGGUUAAGAAGAGGUUAUAGGAAGUUAAGGAUGGAAGAAGGGAAUCAACAAGGAGGCUGAAACAAUAAUCUAAGCCAAAAUCAACAGCCUGGCAAGGAGAGGCCAUAUUCUCCAUGCAUUUUUUAAAAUAAUAAUAAGGGGGCUAGAUGAUGGUUUGUGUCUGGAUAUAAAGAAUAAAGAAAGGUAUUGAUAAUGAUGUGAGGGAUUUGGGACCUAAGCCACUGGGAUGAUAAAAUUGCUAUAAAGAUAAUUCAGAGUGGGACUGGAGAGAUGGCUCAGAGGUUAAGAGCACUGACUGUUUUUCCAGAGGUCCUGAGUUCAGUUCCCCAAAACCACAUGGUGGCUCACAACCACCUUGAUUGAGAUCUGGUACCCUCUGCUGGCCUGUAUGCAGAAGGCUGUAUACACAAUAAAUAAAUAAAAUAUAUAAAAAGAUAAUUCAGAGUGUGAUAAGUAGACUGGAAAGAAAUCAGUUCUGCUUUGGGAGUGUUUAAUGUAAGAUAUCUAAUAAUCAAGUAAAAGUGUCAAGAAGGCAGCUGACAAAUUCAUAUUUCAAGCAUCACAGAUGAUACUGAACAUACAAGCCCAUACAUAAAUAAAGAGACCAAAUCAUAUCAGCAUGGGGGCAGAAGAGGAGAAGUCCAAGUAAUGAGCCUUAUGGCUUCUAAUGUGAGGAGUUGUAAAGCAAGGAAGAGAGGCUGAAAAAAGAGGUAGCCUCUGAUGCAAAAGCUUACAUACAGCUUAGAGAAGAAAGGGACAGCUUUGAAGUUUCUGUUGACAGUUUACAAAUGACAAGCAAUGAAAACUGACUAUUGGAUUUAGCAGCACAAAAUGUGUUGAUGAACUUGACAAAAAAUAGCUUUAGUAUAUGUAAAGGAGAAAGAAGCUGUAUUAAUCUCAAGAGAAACUGAAGGACCAACUAUAGGUAGAUGUUCUGUCUCCAGGAGUUUUUCUGCAAUGGAUCAGAUAAUCAUAGAAAAAAUAAAGGACAGACUUUUGACUAGUUAAUAGAUGCACCUAUGCCACAGUUCCUAUAAGAUGAUUGACGACGACUUGGUAGAAAGAGGAAAAAAACAAAAGCAAGAGAGUAAAAAAGAAUUUCUGGACCACAAUUUUAGUGGAGGAGUUUCUCAGAUAGGAAUAAAGGCUUAGUCACAAAAUGGAAGCUAUAACAAACAGAAACAAGGACAAUGUUCCAUGUGAUAUGAUGGCAAAUGAACAACCAUUCUCUAUUAAUGGUGUAGCUUGCAAUGACUAGGAAGCAGCCUGAUUUGAUGAGAAUAAAACUCAGGGAGAUGCAAGAAGUUAAGAGAAAGGAGAAAUAUUGAAGUAGAGGACUGAAUGAUGGAAAGUACAGAAAGCUGAGAAAGCACUUUUUAUAACAUACCUAAGGUGCCAGAGAAAAAUGGGAGUGAACAUCAGAGGGUAUAUUUUGCUGAGAGUCUUUGAUGCCAUAUCUCACUCAGACUUCACUACCAUUUUGAAAGAUAGCUAUUGAUAGCUCAAAAUUAACAAGAAAUGAAAAGUGACCAUUGGAACUUAGCAGCACAAAAUUUGUUGAUGAAAUUGAUAAGGCUGGUUUUUUUUUCAGAAAUAAAGGGGAAAGAUGAUACCAAGAUGAAGUAAUAGUCCAGAUGGAGAGACCAAAGCUAAAAUAUUCUCUUGGCCAAAGAAUUCAGAAUCGGGGUCUGGAAAAAUGAAUGGUUCAGAGGUUAAGAGCACUUAUUGCUCUUGCAGAGGACCCAGGUUUAAUUCCCAAAACCUACAUGGUGACUCAGAACCAUCUGCAACUCCGGUUCCAGAGGAUCUGAUGCCUUCUAUUGAUUUCUGUAAACUUUUGCACACAUGUGGUACACAUACAUUCACUCAGGUGCACACACAUAUGCAUACUUUAAAAAAGAAUUUUAAACUUAUUCCUAUAUAUUUGACAGAUACCUUCCCCUCUGUCCUCUUGAACUUAUUUUAUUAGGACAAAAAGACAUACAUAUUAUAGAGUAAGGGUAAGUGUCAUAGGCAAACUACAGAAAAGCUAUUGUAGUAUUUGAAGAGGAAAAUGUUACUUGCUCCUGGGGAGUCUUAGUAAAGGAACAUAGGAGAAAGUGAACAUUGUAUCAGAGGGAUCCCACACUCAAAGAAAGGGAGCAAAGAAAAAGCUACUGUAUAUUUGUUGGAUAGACAUCGAUCUUUAUUUUAUUUGUAUUUAUCAGCAUAAAAUACACUUAUGUGUUCCAGUUCAUAUUAUCUGAAGUCCUUCAUAAUAGAAUGAUACCAUCUAAUUGGUUAAUGAUUGUAAUUGUCAAAAAUAGAGAUUGUUGAUGAUGCUCUAGUCAUGUUAUUUAAAUUUAAGUUACAUUAUUCACAUUGUUACCUACAUAGAAAUAAUCUGUUUCAGUGUCAGCAUUGGACAUUGAUAAGAAAGAAAGCAUUUGAGUAUCAGCAAAUCUAUGAGUGAUCCUAGCAUGAGUGAACUAAUUUCAUAAGCUGUAAUUUUUUACAUGCAAUUUAUUCUCAAGCAGAACAGAGACGAUUUGUUUGAUGUUAAAGAUGGGUUCCCAGCCAUUGUGCAGUGAGGCCUACUCUAUUAAGCUUUAUCUGUGAUCUGACUGAAGCCAGUCUGUGGGUAUGGAAAUGGAAAUGACACUCCAAAUAUAAGCUUCUUUAAAAAAACAUACUCUUAUAUAUAGCGACCUACACACUGUUACCAUAUGCUUUGGAUUACAAUGGAGCUUUCAAUAUCUACCAGGGUUGAACAAACUGUGGCCUGUGGGCUACAAGAAGCCCAGAAUAGCUAUGAAUACAGCCCAACACAAAAUCAAAAACGUAUUUAAAAUUAUCAUGAUAUUUCCUUUUGUAGCAUUUAUUCUGUAAUUUGGUUGUAUAGUCCUCAAAUGUGAACUUUUUAGAUGACAAUGUGUGUUGGGAAAACUGGAACGUUAAACACUCCUGUAUCCGAAGUAUUUCCUGCAAUUACGAUGACCACACCUAACUGGAAACCCUGAUUUUAACAGAAAUUUCUCUCUCUGAUUUGGCUAAGCAUACUCUCUUGGGUUAAUGUUUUUCUCUUACUACUUUGUAUUCUUUGCCUAGCCACAAACAUUCUGUAAUUCUAAUUUGCACAAGAUUUGGGAACUAUAGAAACUGAGUUUUAGUUCAAGGUUUGGCUAUUUUUUAAAUAAUUUUCUCAUAAGCUUCAGCUUUUUAUAAAAUGUCAUUUAGUAGUAAUAUAUUCAUCAUUCAAUAAACUCUGUUUUUAAAAAGA